GCGCAUGCGCGGUCGCAAUGUAAUGACGUUGCAUGUGUGACUGUGAAGUUUGUUGUUGGUGAAUCGCUAACUAAAUGUGUGCAUUAAACAGCCAACGGUCUUUUAAAGUGUGUCUUUAGUAGGUGAUAACAUCUAAUGGACUGAAAAUAGGUCAUACGAAAAAUAGGUUGUGUUUGUUUCACCAACAAUGGAGCCUCUUGAAGAGACUUUGAUACAGCUGAAGAGAGAUUUGGAAGACAAACAAAUGAGUCAGCAUGAUACCAUCAAUUUCCUCAACAACACUUUAAAACAGUUUCUGAACAUGGCGGCGGUCCAGAAGGACAGGGGUGUGCUAUCAAGAUUUAAGUCUCUGUUGUAUCAGAGUGGCAUUCUAGACCACUGCAUCUCGCUUUUCACUCCAUCACUGCAAGGCAACUGGAGCGCCGCCGCCAUGCUUGCCUCACUCACCAGUUCAUGUUGUGUGGGUGUGGAACCUGGUGAACUGUCAGAGACCUUUCAUAGGCUGUUCUUGCCGUCCGUCAUGGACAGCCUCCUGUCAUUGGCCAGUCAGCUUGCGAGGCAAACACAGCGUAUGGAUCUCCUGAAGAAGGUGAUGGAGUCAAUCGGCUGGAUUCUCCGAGCGCACUCACAGCUCACCACUCAGGUCCUCAGCUCUGCCUACUACGAGCUUAUCCAGGGCUGUGAUGUCACCGCAGCAUUGCUGUGUGUCCAAAUGUGGAUUGACUCAUGCACAGCGAGCAGUGACCUCCUGUCAAGCUUGUGCGAUAACUCCGUACAGUUACUGCUUAAUGAGGCUGUUGGCCAGUUAGCUAUCACCUCUGAUGCAGCACUGGGUGGAGCAUCUAUCAGACUUAUCCUCCACAUGUCCAAUCAGCUGCAACUCCAGACCCUCCUCCUCAACUUCAAAGGUUUGGACAGCCUGUUGGAAAAAGACUGGCGAGGGUGUGGGUUUGACCAGGAAGUCAGUCAGCUGAUUGCACUACUCCAACCUUGUGAAAACACAUCUUCUGAAGAGUGUGUGCGAGCGGCGUGCAUAAUUCAGGCAACCUGGAGAGCGUAUCUGACCAGACGCAGACUCAAGACCCUCAACCGAGUAGUUACCAUGCUGCAGCGCCACUUCAGAGCUCGUAAAAAACGACAGCAAAAGCAGAGGGCAGCACAGCAGUGGGAGGAGGAGUGUAAAUACCAGGUGUGUAUGCGCCGUCAGCAGGCAAGAACCAAGUUCCACCAGAAACAGAGACAGCUUCUGCAGCUUUUACCGCCUGACCAGGUGCAACCAUACCUGCAGGAGUGCGAGCGGCGUGCAGCUGUGUUGAUCCAGAGCACCUGGAGAGGCGUUAUGGCCAGGCGACGCGUUGAUUUACAACGACGUGUAUCGAAGCACACGCAAGCUCAGCAGCGGGCGGCUAGAACAUUGCAGAGAGCUGUUCGUCAUUAUCUCCAAGAGCGUCGUGCAGCAAAGAUGUUGUCUAGCAUACCUUGCUGGAUUGGUCAGAAGGGUUUGACCAACAGCAAAAGGGUAAUGUUGAAGAGACAGGUGGAGGAAUAUGUCAGGUUGCAUCCUUCAGUGGGUAUCAGUAGUGAGCAAUGUGAACAUCUCCAUGUAGACGUGCAGUGGCGGUUGCAGGCGCUGCUGCAGAAGACAAUACAAAAGAGUCGGGAAGAGCAGAAAAUUGAAUCUCUACUUGCUCACACUCACACUCAGCUGGACCUUCUCAGAGACACGCUUCCCCUAUCCGAUGUCAAGGUAGCAGAUAUCCAGCGUUUUCUCAGCCCGUCCAGUGUCGUGGCUGCUAAGGCUCGUGACGCACACAACGCCAGGCUUCAGGCCGACAGGCUACCCUGGUGGCGGACUUUGGAGGAUAAGAAUGCACAAGGCGAGUUUAUGGGAUUAUAGAUUAAAUUAAUUUUCACAGUUACUGUAUACCUUUUGUUUAUGUGGUUGCUCCGUGAAAUUAAAAAUAAACUUGCUGCUUUUUUUUAAAAAACUUGUUACCCUGGUGUUGUGACCCUUUGGAUCUUCGUAUCGGUUUGAUGCUCAUUGUCGUGGUUGCUGUGUUGCCGUUCUGAUCUAUGUUUCAAGGUUUUCUGGACAUCUUAAAGAAAGUAUGUGAUGCGGAAAUCUCAGCUCGACGAAAAAACCCCUCAGUGAAUGAUGAUCAGUUCUAUGUACAGUACAUUACUGCUUUGUUCCAUGCUAUUUCAUUUCUUACUGUACUAUUUUAGUUGUUUUUUUCUAAAUACACAACGCAAAGUAUAUAUGUGUGUUUGUAGCAGCUCUGACAUAACAAUGGACAGGUUUGCUCGGACGAACAGUUAGGUGCUAGAAAUAGUUGAACCCAUUUUUACAAGGCUGUCAGUUAGUGUGGUAAACAUGAAUAGUGACCACCAAACUACCCCUUCUACCUGGACAACUCACUGUAGUGUUAACAGACAUGUACUCUCUAGGGCAGUGGUUCUCAACCUUUUUUCAGUGAUGAACCCCCUGUGAAAAAUGUUUUUAAUUCAAGUACCCUCUAAUCAGAGCAAAACAUUUUUGGUUGAAAAAAAGAGAUAAAGAAGUAAAACACAGCACUAUGUCAUCAGUUUCUGAUUUAUUAAAUUGUAUAACAGUGCAAAAUAUUGCUCAUUUGUAGUGGUCUUUCUUGAACUAUUUGGAAAAAAAGAUAGUUUUUUAUUUAUAUUUAUAAAGGAUUUUUGAAUUGUUGCUAUUUUUAGAAUAUUAAAAAAAAAUCUCACGUACCCCUUGGCAUACCUUCAAGUACCCCCAGGGGUACGCGUACCCCCAUUUGAGAACCACUGCUCUAGGGGACUGACUGUACAGUAUAUCCGGAAAACAUUCACAAUGCUUCACUUUUUCCACUGUUACAUUCUUAUUCCAAAAUGGGGGAACAAAUGUGCCUAAUGACAAUGUGUUUUUGUUUGUUUUUCCCCCCAAUUUAUGAUGAAUAAAAUAAAUAAGAAU